AUGGCGCAACAAGCGCCCAUGCCGGGUCUUGCAGAGAUCCUGCGGGCGUUGCCAUCCCUGAAGGCCGAGGAGCUCCGACUCUUGAAGGAUCGAAUGGACCAAAUUCUCCAAAAAGAUAUCCUCCUCCAUCUGCCCCAAGAGCUUCAACUCUGCGUCCUUGAGGGGCUAAAUGUUGAUGAUAUCGGGGCCUGCGUCCACGUGUCACGGUCGUGGCGCAACCUCAUGCAGCAGGAGGCUGUAGUCACCACGCUCUCCCGCAUCAACUACCCGGGUCUUUACCAGAUGGUCCAGUGUCGCUAUGACACCAGGGUGGCGGUGACCGGCAACAAACCCAACCAGGGUGGCGGUGGGGUUUUACGUACCCUCCAUCGGCGCGCCUAUUUCAAGGCGCUUCAUGGAACCAUGCGCCGCCGACGUGGGAUGUUUGGCUCUUUGUACUCCCAUCGCUGGUGGCACCGUUCCGACCCCGACGAGGCUGACGGUGUCGAACGGCUGCUGCCAGCUGAUGAAUGGCGUGGCCAUUUCGUGCUGCCCCAUGACACCACAGAAAUCUUCUGGCCCAAGGAUGUAACCAAGUAUCGUCGGGCUCCCCUUCCCUCACCUAUGCCUGCCGACCUUCCACCUCCAGAAUUUGGGAAAGCCAGGUAUCACUCCGGUCGGCUCGCGCUGCAGUUCGAUGAUGACGACCCUCGGGGGCCCUUCGUCGUCGAUUACCUCUCUGAAGGAGUCCGAAGGAGGUUUCAGCCACCCGCCCAGCAAGUUAGCUCUUGUAACCUUUUGGCGCUUGGCGACACGCUCAUGGUGUGCGGACGUGGAAAUCGACUCUAUGUCUACAACCUAUUGCAGCCCGAGCAACCCUGUCGCUCCCUUCACCUCCCGGGGUUGAUCAAUCAAGACUGCAUCGCAACCGCCGGGCCACAUGUGGUGGGGAUGCUGAGCUUCCACGGCUCCGUAAAGCUGUUCGACUGGACUGCAGAUGGUCACAUGCGUGACUACGAGGUGUCUGAGCCCACCGAAUACGCCCUCGAAGCUUGCCAAUAUCUGAAAGACUCGCAUAAGACCCGGCUCGUGGCGCACCCAUUCGCCAAGGGAGUUAUGUACCUGAUGUUUAACAACAUUCUUACAAGCUCGAAGAUUACAUACACAUCCGGCCGUGCAGCGUCUAGCCGAGGCCUCAAAACGGUUGUUUUCGAGAUCGUCGACCAGCAGUUUCGGCGAGGAUGGUUCACCAAGUUCACCGCGCCGAUUGAUACAUAUACCCUUAAUGGGCCCAUGACUAGCUUUGGCACGCCAACGGACUCGCAUGGUUCCAUUUGUAUAGGGAUAAUCGAUGCGCCCGAUGCUCCGGACUCAGACAAUAUGUCCGACUACGACGCUCUGGCAGCGGUACAGGGUGCCCUCCUCACCUUCAAUAUCUUCGCGCGCACUUUUGUGAGGACCAAUGUGUGGAGUAAUGACUUCAAGCACUACUGGGAUGGUCUAUACGCAGGCUGCUACUCCCACUGGCGUGAAGUCCGGGGUCUAGCAAGGAUCGACGUCCCUAUUGUCGUCCUUGCUUCCAGCCCAGUGCGGGAACAAAGCCGAUACAAUCCCGGGGUGGAGCUAUACUUGAGCGAAUGGGAGGAACAGUCGACUUCUUAUCCGCCACAAACGUUCCAAGUCCCUGUGCGGUGCUUCCCUAGAUUGAGCCCCGAGCAAAGGGAAUCCCCAGUCGCAGCAAAAGACCACACCCUUCCACAUCCGGAUGACAAUAUCGAAGAACUGAUCGACCAUUACGGAAUGAGUGUCUACCCUCUCUACACUCUCCUCUCCGAUGCCGACUUUCACUUGUCCUACGGGCGCCUCGCGAUAUUCGGGGACGACGAUUUUCUCAUCUACAUAGGCGACAGAGGAUACGCUGCCUGGCGCUUUGCGCUAGAGGGCGAUGUUCCAAAGAAGGCAGGGAAUGACGACCAGAAACCGGGGCCCUCUCUUCCCAGAAGGAAUCACUAG